AAAAAAACAAAAUGAUGAGCUUCAAUUUGUGUGGACUUUUCUUUCUCUUUGCUGUAAUUUUGAUAAUUGCACCAACUUCUUUGGCUCAAUGUAUUAGAAAUAGAGAUGGAUGUCAACCUGAUGGUAGUCAAGGAGUAUGCUGCUCAGGAUUUUGUUACAAAGAAGCAAAUUGGGUUGCAGGAUAUUGCAAAUAGGAUAUAUGACA